GAUAGCAGAGUAACGUUUUAAGUUCUGUCAUAUCUCUGAAAAAAGCCAUUUGCCUUUCUUCUCUGCUUCUGCUGCCUUUUGCUUACGUAUUUCCUUACUUUCUGCUACCCUUUAACGCCUCUCUAAAAUACAAUCUUCUCUCUUUUACCUUAGAACCCCUUUUGAUUAUUCUUUCUGUAAAUUUCUUUGUUUUUUUUUCCUGUUUUUAGAACCUACCAUUUUCUUGAAAAACAAAAAAAAAAAAUGCUGUCUCAUAGUAUGGGUUGGAUGGAUGGUAAAGAAGAUGAAGAAACUGGUACAUGGGUUCAUCAAAAUAACAAUGAAAAUAAUCAUAACAACAACAACAACAGAGAUGAAAUGGAGAUGGGUGCACUUUCUACAUUCAAAUCUAUGCUUGAUGCUGAAGAUGUAGACUGGUACAACAUGGCUACUAAUAACAACAAUCACAACAACAACAACAACAGUGUUGGUGCCAUGCAAUUUGGUUCUAAUUUUACUGAAGCUGAAAACAAUUUGCUUUUACAGCCAGUUGAUUCAUCAUCUUCUUGUUCACCAUCUUCUGCUUUUAACAAUCUUGACCCUUCUCAGGUUCACUUUUUCUUGCCCCAAAAAUCCACUAUUCCUCCUUUGCUUAGUGCCUUAAACAACCCAUUGGAAAAUGGUUUUGAUUUGGGUUGUGGUGAAAAGGGGUUUCUUGAAACUCAUCAAAAUUUGAGUGUUUUGAAUAAAAAUGGGAUGUUUACUAGUGGGUUUCAAGAUUUGAGCUCUCAAAACCAAAUGGGGCAUAAUAAUUUGAGUUCUUUUACUCAAUUCCCUUGUACCAAUUUGCUACAAAUGCCUCAAACAAAUUCUGGUUUUGGUCCAUUAGUGGGGUUUGGGGAAAAUUCUGCAAAUGACCACUCUUUGUUUUUGAAUAGGUCUAAGUUACUAAAACCUCUUGAUAAUUUUGCUUCAAUUGGAGCACAACCUACUCUUUUCCAAAAAAGGGCUGCACUUAGGAAAAACUUGGCUAAUAAUAGUAGUGGCAAUUUGGGGAAUGAAAUUGGUCAGACUUCAAGCAAUAAAGAAGUGAAUGAAAUGAAUAGGAAAUGUAGUAGUAAUUUGGAUGAACUUGAAGAUGUAAGUCUUGAUGGAUCUACAUUGAAUUAUGAUUCUGAUGACCUUAUUGAAAAGGUAGAGGAUAGUGUUAAAAAUGGUGGAAAUAGCUCAAAUGCAACUAGUACUGUUACUGGUGUGGAUCAGAAAGGGAAAAAGAAAGGACUUCCGGCUAAGAAUCUGAUGGCUGAACGCCGCCGUAGGAAGAAACUCAAUGAUAGGCUUUACAUGCUGAGAUCUGUUGUUCCAAAGAUUAGUAAGAUGGACAGGGCUUCAAUCUUAGGAGAUGCAAUUGAGUACUUAAAGGAGCUUCUACAGAAAAUCAAUGACCUGCAUAACGAACUCGAGUCAACACCACCUGGCUCUUCAUUGACUCCGGCAACAAGCUUCUACCCUUUAACGCCAACUGCAACAGCUCUACCUGGCCGAAUCAAGGAAGAACUUUGUCCAAGUUCAUUUGCAAGCCCACUGUCUAGCCCUACUGGUCAACCUCCAAGGGUUGAAGUAAGGGCAAGAGAAGGAAGAGCCGUGAAUAUCCAUAUGUUUUGCAGCCGCAGACCAGGCCUUUUACUCUCAACAAUGAGGGCUCUGGACAAUCUUGGACUGGACAUUCAACAGGCUGUUAUCAGCUGCUUCAAUGGGUUUGCCUUGGAUAUCUUCCGAGCUGAGCAAUCCAAAGAAGGUCAAGACAUCCAUCCCGAACAAAUUAAGUCUGUGUUGCUGGACUCUGCUGGCUUCCAUGGGAUGAUAUAAGCUCUUGCGGUUUUCAACGAGAGGUUCUAUCCAAGAUUUAGGACCUCAUGCUCUAGCUUUUAAAACUCAGACUUCCUAUGCCCCUUUUGCAGUUAACAGAUAUUUUCAUCUAUUAGCCAUUAUAUUGUGUCUUCUCUAGGAAAAACAUUGAGCGUAUGCUUAGAAAACUGAAUGCUAUGAAAUUUUUCAGUGACAAGUUCCUUAUUCUGGAUGAUCCUUCUUUAUUCAGUCAUUUUUUACA